GCAAGUGCGUGUGUGCGCUGGCAUGGAGGCAGAGGAGGAGGAGUCCGAGGAGACAGUCGAAUCCCUGGAGGCCAAGCUUGAAGAAUUCAGGGCCAUCCCCAGGUAUAACAUUUCUGAUGAUUUAAAGGUUGGCUUUUUCACCACAGACCAUGCCACCCAAACAGACCACACUGAAAUUUUGCCAGUAAAGGAGUUGAGUUCAUCUACACGGAAGUUACUGCAGAUGGUCGAAUCCAUCCAGCUGGAUUUUGGGUUCCUCAAACAGCUGCUGCAGUUGAAGUUUGAGGACCAGCUAAAGGAGCAGUCUUUAAAUCUCUUCAGCGUUCUCUACGAUCGGAUCCUGGAAAUCGAAAAGCACCACCAACAGAAUGAGGAGAACCUGAGAAAAUGCUUCCGCCAGCAGCUGGCCGAUGCCAUCGCCGUCAUCAGGGGCUCCUACAAGCAUUUCUUCGACGUAGAUGAAGAGAAGGCUGCUUUGCAAGAUGUGGCCAGUGUCAAGAUCGGCGUUUUGCUGAGAAAAUUAAAAGAAAGGGAAGAACUGAUCAAAGAGUUAAAAGAAGAACUAGACCAAAAUGAGGAAUACGGGUUCAAAAAAGUGGACUCCUUCGCCAUAAAGACCAGCUCUACCAAAUCAAACGUCGACAAGGAGGUCCUGGAGUACAAGCUGGAGAAUGAGCGCUUGCUGCAGGUCAUUGCGGAACUCGAAGAAGAGUUGCAGAUGAACCUCAAAGAAAAUGCGGAUUUAGAAGCUGAAUAUCUAAGUCUGAAAGAGAACUCAGAAAAGGAUCAGAAAACCAUUCAAAAGCUAAUUGAUGGCAGAGCGAGAUUAAAAUAUGAGCUCGACUGCGAAAAGGCAUUGGUUCAAGAAAUGAUUAACAAGCAGAGAGAAGACAUAGAGAGGAGAAAACCAGAGAGCCUGGCCUUCAAGAGCAUGCGAUCGGUUAAGGGGAAAGAAACCACUUCUCUCCUGCGGGAGAAAGAGACCUUCAUAUCCGUGUUCCCGCCCUCCUCCUCCUCCCCUGCCUCUGCUGUCGCUGCUGCUGCUGCUGUCGCUGCCGCCGCCGCUGCCACCUCAACCGUCGCCUCCUCCAGAGGAUCAAGCCAGGCUCACUCCGUCUCCUUCAGCGAAUCAGUGAAGAAGAAGAAAACCAAGUCUGCCAAGAGAUUGUCCAAGGAGGGCCGGCGCUCCGUGUCCAGAAGUAUAACACCUGUUUCACAAGAAGAAAGGAAGGUGAAACUGUCGUGGACAAAGGAUGACGAGAGAAAAAUGCUGUAUAUGCAGAUAGAGGCCCUGCAGGCAACGCUGGAGUCAGAGACCAAGAAGUUAGAAAGAUACAAGAAGGAGGCAGAGCAGAUCAACAAAAACUGGGAGAAGAAGUUCUUCAUCCUCAGGAACAGCUACCACGUGCUCAAGGACGAGAUGUUCAUGAGACACACGCUGUUCCGUCAGUUUGCGGUGCUGACUGACACGUCCUUCAAUUACAUCAAAGCGAAGCCUCUGUAUGUCCAGUCCAAGACGAAUCUGGUGGACAUCACGCCCACCUCCAGUGACCACCGCCUGCCCUCGAUAGAUGUGGCAUGCCUGGACAUGGAGGAACGGAUGUCCUUCCCUCGGCAUUCCAAAGAAAUCCUCAGAGCCCCCACCUCUCCACCCAACAUGGGCAAAGGGAGCAUCUGGAUGUUUGCUUGGAAGAAUUCUAAUUUGAACAAGAAAAGUUAACCUUGGGCAAGCUUC